GUACAUUUUCCGUUUCUUUUCACUUCCCCCUUCCCAGGCCCCUCCCUCCCGACCUUCCCUUCCUCGCGGCGGAGGUACCUACAGCAGCGGCCGCCUCAAUCCCGCCCCCUCCUCUCGCCUCCCGGGGGAGACGCGCCGCCGCCGCCGCUGCCGCCAUCGCCGUUCACUUUCUUCUUUGCCCCCAGGGACAUCCUGCUGCUGUCUCCACCCGGUCCCAGUCUCUCGCCAUUGGGCUCCUUCCUUCCUUCGAGGAUAGGCAUUGAUCCUGGAUUUAGCUACUUCUUGUAUGUGAUAAGCAGAUAAACUGCAAUGAAGGAUUCUCAGGAUAUUCAGAGCACAACAGAGCUGCAGAUGUCACCCCAAGGUACCAAUGAAGUGCAAAGUAACCAACUAAACACAAUGGCCACUGAUGCUCCUGCAGGAGAUCCUGGUUCUUUGACAGUCGCUAGUAAUGAUAAUAGAAAAGUCUCCCGUGAAGACAUUGAACUUGUCCAGAAUUUGAUAGAGCGCUGUCUGCAGCUAUACAUGACCAAAGGAGAGGUUGUUAGGACGCUUUCUACUCGCGCGAGAAUAGAACCUGGCUUCACUACUUUAGUAUGGCAGAAACUCGAAGAAGAGAACCCUGAAUUCUUUCGGGCUUACUAUAUAAGAUUGAAACUGAAAAGACAGAUUAUCUUGUUCAACCAUUUGUUGCAGCAUCAGUGUAAUUUGAUGAAAUAUCCAGCACAUCCGAAUGUUCCACUGGCUCCAAUGCAAAAUGGGAUGCAUCCUAUGCCAGUUAACAAUCUACCAAUGGGGUAUCCGGUACUUCAGCAACCUCUGAUGCCUGCUCCUGGCCAGCCUCACAUUGAUCCGAUGGUUUGUGGUCUAUCCGGCGGUCAUGUGGUGAAUGGGAUCCCUGCACCAGGUGGCUAUCAACCAAUUCGCAUGAACUCCGGAAAUGACAUGGUUGUUGACAACGGUGCACCUGAAGUUGCACAUGGUGCCAUGUCAUCCGAGAUGGCUGUGAGUCCCUCAUCGGCAGCAUCAAGCAACCAUGCUCCUUUCACUCCGUCGGAGAUACCAGGGAUGGCCAUGGAUACAUCGAUGCUAGAUUCAGCAUUUGGAUCUGACAUAGGGAACACAGAACCUCUGCAAUUAGGGCCAGAUGGGUCGUCAAGGGAUUCCAUCCGAUCCUUGGGGCAGCUUUGGAAUUUCAGCCUCUCUGAUCUUACAGCUGAUUUGACAAGUUUAGGAGAUUUGGAGGCUCUUGAGAACUACGAAGGUACCCCUUUCCUGCCCUCGGACUCGGACCUCUUACUUGAUUCCCCAGACCAUAAUGAUGACAUAGUUGAGUACUUCGCCGACGCCAUCAACGGGAGUCAAUCAGAUGAAGAGAACUGCGCGCAAAUCAGACUGGGCAUUCACCCAGAGCUCCCGAAGCCGGUGGUCCUCCUCAUAUCCUCCGACGGCUUCCGCUUCGGCUACCACCACAAGGCCCCCACCCCGCACAUCCGCCGCCUCAUCGCCAAUGGCACCUCCGCCGCCGAGGGCCUCAUCCCCGUCUUCCCCACCCUCACCUUCCCCAACCACUACUCCAUCGUCACCGGCCUCCACCCUUCCUCCCACGGCAUCGUAAACAACUUCUUCCCCGACCCCAUCUCGGGGGACAGCUUCAACAUGAGCUCCCACGAGCCCAAGUGGUGGCUCGGGGAGCCCCUCUGGGUCACCGCCGCCGACCAGGGGGUCCGGGCCUCCACGUUCUUCUGGCCGGGCUCGGAGGUGAAGAAGGGAUCCUGGGACUGUCCAGACAAGUAUUGCCGCCACUAUAAUGGCUCUGUGCCAUUUGAGGACAGGGUUGACGCCAUCCUUGGUUACUUUGAUCUCCCGGUUGAUGAAAUGCCGCAGUUCCUGAUACUGUACUUUGAGGAUCCAGAUCACCAGGGGCACCAGGUUGGUCCUGAUGACCCAGCCAUCACCGAUGCUGUGACGCACAUUGACGAGAUGAUCGGGAGGCUCAUUGCUGGUUUGGAAGCUAGGGGGGUGUUCGAGGAUGUGAACAUUAUUUUGGUUGGGGAUCAUGGGAUGGUUGGGACCUGCGACCAGAAGCUAGUGUUUCUCGAGGGAUUGGCUCCAUGGAUUGAGGUGAAGGCUGAUUGGGUUCUUUCGAGGACACCAUUGCUGGCAAUCAGGCCACCAGAUGGUGUAUCCCCGGCAGUGGUCGUGGCCAAGAUGAAUGAAGGGCUGAGCUCUGGGAAGGUGAAGAAUGGGCAAUAUCUGAAGAUGUACUUGAAGGAGGAUUUGCCUUCUCGCCUGCAUUACUCGGAAAGCUAUAGGAUACCACCAAUUAUUGGGCUGGUAGCUGAAGGUUAUAAGGUGGAGAUGAAAGUAUCAAAGAAAAAUGAGUGUGGAGGGGCGCACGGGUAUGACAAUGCCUUCUUCUCAAUGAGGACCAUAUUCAUCGCACACGGGCCUCGUUUCGAAGAGGGUAAAAUUGUGCCCUCGUUUGUUAAUGUGGAGAUAUACAAUGUCAUUGCUUCCAUUCUCAGUUUGAAGCCAGCUCCAAACAAUGGCUCCAGUUCUUUCCCUGGAACAGUUCUUUUACCGAGUGAAUGAUCACCGGUGUAUGUGAGAGCUGUGGUUCUGGAGGAGAAAAACCCACUGAUGGUAUUAUCUUCCGGUUGUAGUUGUAUUUGUACACUAUUUAAAUUCAAAUUCUGCGACGUGCAGCUAUUCGCUACUGCUAAUACUGCAAGCAGAGAAUCCUUUUCCAUAAGGAUGUCAUUUGCCAAUGCAAAUCACAUCUAACCUUUUCAUCUUCUGUGAUGCUAAAUGUAUGAUGCCACUUCUUUUAAGUCCCAUGUUUUCUGCUUGAGUUGAUAA